CACAUGGUGGAACCUUCUUUGUUUGGUUCAUGAGAAAAAGAAAUUGAGGGCGUAUCUGUCACUAAAAUUAACCACCCAUUUCCUUCUCUCUUUUUUCCUCGCUGUUUAUGUUAUAUAAACAACAAUCGUUUUCUUAACGUUAUAAAAAACCUCCCUUUCGCCCUUUUUUUUAUGUUUUAUGUUCAAAAAUCAUUUUCAAGACAAAACCAAGCGCAAGUUUUAAGAAUUUAAAGGCACUGGUAGUUAUCAAGAAAUUAAGGAUUAAUCCAUGGCUUCAAAGGCAGCUACACCAUCAUCGCCGUCCUUUAUUCUAACGUCCGGUGCAAGUGGGAGAAUUACUGCAUUAUUUUCCGUUCAAGCGUUAAAAAGCUUGUUGAUGCUGAUAAAUGCAUUCUUUUUGAUACUUUUAGCCCCUUUCCGCGGCCGGAGACGGAUGGUGGUGGUGGCAGCGAGGGGGUCAUCUUCGUCUUCGUCAGGUGAUCAGAAAUCCAAGGAUGAUAGGUUGUUGCAGGAAACUAGUAGUGGGGUCCACCGGACCAAGUUGCGGGUCCCGGCAACAAUUGUGCCAUGGAAGAGUGCUGGUGGUGGUGGUAGGGUGACGGCGGUUGUGGAUCCGGAAGUGGGGGGCAGGCGGGCCAUUGCGAUAAAGAGGGUGUUACAGGAUGAUGACACCAAUACGGUUAGGGAAUUUUCACUGUUUGUUACUGCUCGAAGUGACAACCUUUUUACCCAGUCGUGGACCCCAGUUUCUGCUAAAAUCAGGGGGCUGGUUGUUCUGAUGCAUGGUUUGAAUGAACACAGUGGCAGAUAUAAUGACUUUGCAAAAGAGUUGAAUGCUAAUGGAUUUAAGGUGUAUGGAAUGGAUUGGAUUGGACAUGGUGGGAGUGAUGGUCUACACGGAUAUGUUCAUUCUCUUGAUUACGCUGUUGAUGAUUUGAAAUCAUUUCUUGACAAGAUCUUAACAGAAAAUCCCGGGUUUCCAUGUUUUUGCUUUGGGCACUCAACAGGUGCAGCCAUUGUUCUCAAGGCGAUGAUGGAUCCAGAAGUCGAAGCCCGUGUAUCUGGUGUGGUAUUGACUUCACCUGCAGUAGGAAUUCAGCCAUCCCAUCCUUUGGUUGUGAUACUAGCCCCAGUUCUGUCAUUUUUGUUACCAACUUUGCAGCUUAAUUCAGCAAAUAAGAAGGGCAUGCCAGUUUCUCGGGACCCAGAUGCACUAGUGGCCAAGUAUUCGGACCCACUGGUCUACACCGGAUCUGUCAGGGUAAGGACUGGCUAUGAAAUUCUCCGAACAACUGCCUAUUUACAGCAGAAUCUGAAAAGAUUGCGGAUUCCAUUUCUUGUUCUUCAUGGUGCUGCUGACACUGUAACUGACCCGGCUGCUUCUCAAAGACUUCAUGAAGAAGCAUCCUCAACAGACAAGACAAUCCAACUAUUAGAAGGUUUCUUGCAUGAUCUCCUAAUUGAACCAGAACGGGAAGAAAUCAUGAAGGACAUAAUUGAUUGGUUUAAUUGUAGAGUGUAAAAGGUUAGGUAGUGCAAUGAUAGAAAUCAUUGAAAUCUUCACUAACCAAGAGACAACAAAAUCAUAAAGUAGUAGAAGGCUUCCCUUUGUUCAGCAGCAUUUUUUUAUGCUCUGCUGCUUUAAGUCUUCCAUUUAAGCAGAUAAGUUUUUAUUGCUGAAUAAGAUUCAGCAUUUUUUUUUUGUUGAAACUGGACAACGUUGUUUUUGUGCUCUUUUCACGUAGUGUAAUAUUACGUGGAGCAUGAAGGAGCCAUUCAAAACCCAAAUAUAUAUUGUAAUUGUUGCCUGCAAUGUCUUUGAAAAAUGAGAAUUGCUUGCAGGUCAGGAGCAUUUUCCCA